GUGCACCUAUCACUCUUCACCAGUCUCUCUCACCCUCUUCUUCUUAAGUUGUCAACAGUCUUUCUCUCUCCAUUAUUGUUAACCUUUACUCCACCUUUUCACAACCUCUAUGAUCUCAGAUACUUAAAACCCUGUUGGUAUUCAGAUUCUGUGUUGCAAAACUUACUGGUUUCUCAAAACCAAGCAAAGUUUUUGUGGAUUCUGUGAUUCUCUUUCCAUAAGAAAAAGAAUUUGCCUUUUUUCUCUUGCUCUCUGUUUUCUCCGUUCAUCUUUUUAAUAUAAACAAACCCAUCUCCUCGUUUUCACCGUUCAUAUAUUGCUUCUAAUAUAAUUCCUCUGUUUUUGCUUAGCUACUCCAACCCUGUUCAAUUCGUCGACACUUUGUUUUGGGGCACUGAAAAUGGCUUCAAUGAUCACCCCAGUUCGCUCCCCAAUCCGAACUAAUCAAAUUUCCUCGCUUUACUUAUCACCCAAUAGGAUUUCACCUUCCAAUGUUGCCCUCAAGUCUCGGUCUCUGUCUUCCUCAAGCUUGGCCUUUUCGCCGUUGCCGGAGAAACUAAGAGUUCCGGCUUUGUCGAAGGGAUUUUCCGGCUGGAGUCAACACCUGAGACGGCGAGGGACUGUUGUAUUGCCGGUAGUGAAGGCUGCUUCAGAUGGUGCUGAGAUUGAGAUUACUGAGGGGUCAAAGAGCUUUCUUGAGAAAUUUCCUUUCUUGAUCACUGGCUUCUUUUUCUUCAUGUGGUAUUUCUUGAAUGUCAUCUUCAAUAUACUGAACAAGAAGGUCUACAAUUAUUUCCCAUAUCCAUAUUUUGUUUCUGUUAUACAUCUCCUUGUUGGAGUGGUGUACUGUCUUGUUUCUUGGUCUGUUGGAUUGCCGAAGCGUGCACCGAUUGACAGGGAGCAAUUGGCACUGCUGACCCCAGUUGCAUUUUGUCACGCUCUCGGACAUGUCAUGUCCAAUGUCUCUUUUGCAGCUGUUGCCGUGUCUUUUACACACACCAUUAAAGCCCUGGAGCCAUUCUUCAAUGCUUCUGCUUCUCAGUUUGUUUUGGGGCAUCACAUUCCCUUGUCCUUGUGGCUCUCAUUAGCCCCUGUUGUUAUUGGUGUGUCAAUGGCAUCACUGACUGAACUCUCUUUCAACUGGCUUGGCUUUGGUAGUGCAAUGAUUUCAAACAUUGCAUUCACCUACAGAAGUAUCUAUUCCAAAAAAGCCAUGACAGGAAUGGACAGUACAAAUGUAUACGCCUACAUUUCAAUAAUUGCUCUCUUGGUUUGUAUCCCACCAGCACUAAUUAUUGAAGGACCCAAACUGAUGCAAUAUGGUUUUAGGGAUGCAAUUGCCAAAGUAGGCAUUUACAAAUUUGUGUCUGAUUUAUUCUGGAUUGGAAUGUUUUAUCAUCUGUACAAUCAGCUUGCUACCAACACUUUGGAACGAGUUGCACCACUAACGCAUGCAGUUGGAAAUGUGUUGAAACGUGUCUUUGUGAUCGGGUUCUCCAUUGUUGUGUUUGGCAACAGGAUCUCUACACAAACUGGGAUUGGUACUGCAAUAGCAAUUGCUGGUGUUGCCAUUUACUCCCUGAUAAAAGCAAACUUGGAAGAGCAAAAGAAGAAGGCUGCUGCAAUUUCAACGUCAUAAGAGGUCUAGCAUAGGAUGAUCGAGGGUGCUACAAGUACAAGUUGAUGCUGCUGUUUGAUUUUGGUGGGUCAACUUACGAAGAUCGCGGUGGAUUUUUACGGGGAAAUAAAAGCUCCGAGAGAGAAUGGAAAGAGAAAAUAAUAUCUAUGGAGUCGCAGGCUUCAUCUAUAGGUUACAAAAUUGAAAUGCUCAUUGAAUUUUGACUGUUGUUGUACUACUAUUACCAAUUUGUAAGUGAUCUCCAAAGAGACUUGAUCGCUACUGGUGCGAGAGAUUUUUUUUAGCACAAUGUUAAUGUCAUAAUUCGGCAUGUCCUCUUUCAAUUUCAUUGAUUUCUUUCCAA